AUGAUUGAAAUUAGAAACAGAUUACUCUAUAUUAACAAUUCACCAUUUGUCGUGCGCGGUGGAGAGCUUCAGAACUCGUCAAUGAGUUCUGCUGCUCAUAUGCGGCCAAUUUGGAAAAGUCUAAGUGAUUCCAAUUUGAAUACUGUUUUAGGCGCUGUCACCUGGGAACAAAUUGAACCUGAGGAGGGCAAUUUUGAUUUCAAAGAACUAGAUGCCUGCAUUAGAGAUGCAAGAGCUGCUGGGUUGAAGUUGGUGCUUCUUUGGUUUGGUGCUUUUAAAAACGGCAUGUCCUCAUAUGCUCCGAGCUGGGUCAAAUCAAACCCUCACCGCUUCCCACGGGUUGUAGUUAAAAGGCCCGACGGAAAACUGAGGUUCACUGAAGUUUUAUCAAUCUUAAGUGGUGAUGAAACCAAAGAUGCUGACUCUAUUGCCUUUGCAAAACUCAUGUCUCAUAUACGUCGGAUUGACGAAAAGCACUGCACUGUGAUUAUGGUCCAAUGUGAAAAUGAAGUUGGACUACUUUCAGAUAGCAUUGAUCGUUCGUCAAUGGCUGAGGAACAAUUUCAAUCUGCUGUUCCCGAAGAUUUGUUAAACUUUCUUAGAGAGGACUGGAAUUCUUUGCAUCCACUAUUCAAGGAGAAGUUUUCCAAACCCAGUGUGACUAGUAAUGGGGGUAACUGGGAGCAGGUCUUCGGAGAAUCACCAUUCACAAACGAAUUAUUUAUGGCCUACCACUAUGCGAAGUACGUAGACCAUGUAGCAUUGUCCGGUAGAAAGGAAUAUAAUAUUCCUAUUUACACCAAUGUUUGGCAGAACCAGUAUGGCAAACAGGGUGCAGCAGCAGGUGGUGGUAAACCUGGAGAGUAUCCUAGCGGUGGUGCUAUUGGCGGUGUACUCGAUAUUUGGAUGCGAUUUGCUCCUACAUUGGAUUUUAUUUCCCCUGACAUUUACGUCAAUGACUAUGAUGAAAGAUGUCAAUGGUACUCCCACAAGAACCAACCACUUUUCAUUCCCGAGCAAAGAAGAGAUGAAUAUGGAGCUAGAAGAAUGUGGAGAGCCAUUGGAGAAUAUAAAGCCAUUGGAGCUUGUCCUUUUGGCAUUGACAGUCUAGAAUAUGAUACCUGGAAGAAACAUUAUAAGUUGCUUAAGGAGGUUGAACCUCUGUUAAUUGAUGCAUAUAAAAAUGAUCAUCCAAUGACGGGAUUCUUUUUCGACGAGUUUAAUUCUAAGGCACCGGCAGAUGUCAUUCACCACAAUUUCCCUAAGUAUCGCGUCACUAUUGAAAGGUCUCGUGUAUUCGGGGUGCCAGAUGUGGGCUAUGGAAUAAUUAUAAAUUAUAGUCCUGAUUCCUUCGUGCUAGUAGGUACAGGAUUCCAGGUCACCCUUACCGCUGCAGAUAACCAACUACAAGCUGGAAUUGCUAAGGUACAAGAGAUUUAUUUUGAAAACGAAAAUCUAAGAACUCUCAGAUGGAUGAAUGGAGAUGAAACUCAGUCGGGUGCUUGUAUUAUGAUGCCAAGUGAAAAAAUCGACUAUGGCGACUUUCCAGUUGCUAUCUCAAUUCCUGCCGGAUCUAAAAUGGCCAUAGCUCACGCUUACACCAUUCCAUCUUAUGAAGGUUGA